UUUUGAAUAAAAUAUUAUAACAUAAAAUUUAAAUAUGUUUCAAAAUACCUUCCAGUCCGGGUUCCUGUCGAUCCUGUACUCCAUUGGAGCCAAACCUCUCCAAAUAUGGAACAAGAAAGUCAGGAAUGGGCAUAUCAAGAGAAUUACUGAUGCUGAUAUCCAAUCAUCUGUAUUAGAAAUCAUGGGAACUAACGUCUCGACCACUUUCAUUGAGUGCCCAAGUGAUAAGAAGAAGACUUUGGGAAUCAAGCUUCCUUUCCUUGUUAUGAUUAUCAAGAACUUAAAGAAAUAUUUUACCUUCGAAGUCCAGGUGCUUGACGACAAGGAAGUUAGAAGAAGGUUCAGGGCAUCCAACUAUCAGAGUACAACUAGAGUCAAACCAUUCAUCUGCACCAUGCCCAUGAGAUUAGAUGAAGGUUGGAAUCAGAUUCAGUUCAACUUGUCAGACUUCACAAGAAGGGCCUAUGGAACUAACUACAUUGAGACUCUGAGAGUGCAAAUCCAUGCAAACUGCAGAAUCAGAAGAAUAUACUUCUCAGACAGACUAUACACUGAAGAUGAAUUGCCACCAGAGUUCAAAUUGUUCUUGCCAAUAGCAGCAGAUCGUAAUCCUACUGGGGCUGCAGGCGCGACUACCUCUAACCAGAUGAUGAAAUAAUAGUCUUGAGCAAUUAAUUCAA